AUGGUAACGAUAGGGAAGCUCCUACGAGUUACAAGAAGGCAACUUCACACCACUAUUUCCAGAGAUAUAAUCAAACCCGCGAAUCCAACCCCUUCUCAUCUCCAAACAUAUAAUCUUUCUGAUAUUGAUCUACUCGCGGAUAGAGCAUAUAUGCCGUUUAUUCUCUUUUACCCAAAAAAUGCCAGCUGCAGUUUAACUGUGCAAGACAAAGCCAGCGUGCUGAAGAAAUCUUUAGCACAAAGCCUAACAAAAUACCAUCACUUUGCAGGCAGGUUACCCACACCCACAACACCUUAUGUCUACUGUAAUGAUGAGGGAGUCGUGUUUCAUGAAGCCCGAAACGAUAGCAGACUUGAUGAAUUCCAGUUUAGUAGCGCACGGGAUGGAAAUCUUGAGAAUCUAUUUGUAGAUAAUAUGGUGUGCUUCAACUCUCCUGGCAACCCAAAUCUUGUUGGGGUUCAACUCAAUCACUUCGCAUGUGGUGGAGUCGGGCUUGCAGUUUCUGUGUCACACCUCGUUGCUGACGCUUCCACUCUUGGAUCGUUUAUGAAUCAUUGGGCUUCCGUAGCACGCUAUGGAUCGCCAACCCACAAAGAGGUACUACCUUUGAAUCCGCAUUUCAUUCAUGUCCCAAGGAGCAACUCUCCUCUGUCCGAAGCUCCGGUGAUGAACCAACAGCAUGCCAGUACUCGUGUCCUGAGAAAAUUCGUGUUUCCUAACUCGAAGUUAAGUGAUCUUAAGAAGGUUGUCGCCUCGGCGACAAACAAUAUCCCUACUCGGGUCGAAGUAUUAAGCUCUCUACUUUUCAGAACCGCGGUAGCUGCUGCUACCACGAAUUCUGGUCGUUUUAAGCCAUCUUAUUUAACAAUGAUGACCGAUGUACGUAAAAAUUUUGUGGACAAGCUGCCACAAACGACUGUGGGAAAUUUUGUGUCGAUGAUGAUGGUACCUGCAAAGCACGAAAGUGAAACUUCGUUAAGUAUGUUGGUUGAUGGGAUAAAGAAACAGAAGCUGCAACUGAAAGGAGUCCAAAGUGUGCAACAGACAGCUGCAAACAUUAAACGGGUUCGAUCCAAAUUGGGAAAUGAACUUUUAGAAGAUUUGGCUAGGGUAUAUGGCAGUAGCAGUUUAUGUGGGAUCCCAUUUAACAAAGUCGAUUUCGGGUGGGGAAAGCCCAUGGUUGAUGCAGCUGUUGCAGUUAGAUCACUAGAUAUAACUGGGUUUCUUCUCAUAGAUACCACAGAUGGUGAUGGCAUUGAAGCACAUGUGUUGUUGGAAAAGGAAGACAUGGAGAUAUUUCAGCAUAACAAGGAGUUACUUUCAUUUUGCCAAGUUAAUAUGUAA